AUGCGCUCAACGAUUGUAUAUUGGAGACCAAUUAAGAAAUCAGACUUUAGGAAGCUGUUUGAUGAUACAGGGGGUUCUGAGGAGUCUGGAUUCAAAACCCAAGGCUCAACGAUCACGCCCGAUGUGGAUACCAAUACCCACCAAGGAUCCUCACAACUACUGAGUUCAGAACAUAAACGACGGAGACCAAGUUGGACUUUAGAUUCUGAGCAUGAUGUAUGUGGAUCUGCUGAGUCUGGAUACUGUAGUGACAGUGCAGUAAUGCCCUCCUCUGUGGGUUCUUCACGAAUGAGCUCAACGAUUGUAUAUUGGAGACCAAUUAAGAAAUCAGACUUUAGGAAGCUGUUUGAUGAUACAGGGGGUUCUGAGGAGUCUGGAUUCAAAACCCAAGAAAAGGAGUCUGAUGAGGAGUGCAAGGAGGAGUACUCACAACUGGCAUCCCUGGCUCCCUUCGAUCCAUAUUCUCCUGCCUCUUCAAGAGACAAGUGUGUGGAACCACUGCGGACUGAAGAUGACUUCUGGGGCCCUACAGGGCCUGUUGCUGUUGAGGUGACUGACAGAGAGAGGAACCUGUACCGAGUCCAGUUCCCUGUGAAUGGUUCUUACCACUGUCCCAGCAUAGGACUCCACUUUGUGGUGACAAGGGCAGUGACCAUUGAGAUUGGAUUCUGUAGUUGGAGCCAACACCUGGACAAGACGCCCUUGCCGGACAGUCACAUGGUGGCUGGGCCUCUGUUUGACAUCAAGGCUGAGCGGGGAGCUGUGGCUGCUGUGUACCUCCCUCACUUUGUGGAUCUCCAAGAGGGUCAGGUGGACAUCUCCUGGUUCCGUGUGGCCCACUUUCAAGAACAUGGGAUGGUCGUAGAAACUCCAGCCAGGGUGGAGCAGUGCUACACAGUCUUGGAAAACCCAAGCUUCUCCCCAGUGGGAGUUCUACUGAGGAUCUACCUUACCAUCAGGAGCCUCGUCCCCAUCACUCCCAUCACAUUGAUCUACUAUCACAUCAAUGUCGAGGAAGUCACCCUUCAUCUCUACCUGGUCCCCAAUGACUGCACCAUUCGGAAGGCCAUUGAUGAUGAAGAAAUGAAGUUUCAGUUUGUUUGAAUAAACAAGCCACCCCCACUAGGUUAUCUUUACAUCGGGUCCCGCUACAUAGUGUCUGCGUCCAAGAAGCUGGAAAUC